AUGCACGCUCGCAACGCCGCAGGCCGCAGGGUCUCGCUCCUCAACGAGGAUGACUUCAACAACACCGUCGACACUUCCACUUACUACCACUCCAUGCACCCUCAGCCUCCUUCUCGCAGCGACUCGUCGUCACCAAACACACCCGCGCUCCUGAGGUCAGACUCGUUUGAUUCUCAGCUCAGCGAUGCCGUUUCGCCCUUGACGCCUCCGGUGGAUUACAGCUACGGAAUCAUGCGCGCUCCCCAUUACGUCUUGGGGCACGAGUACGCUGAGGGCCCUCCCGCCAAGCGCACCGCCUACGGGGCUUGCAGUCCCUCUGCCUCUGGCGAAGAGGACAGCUCCGCUGCGUCUUGUGUUCCCGAGCGCCCCGUUAAGCGGUAUCCCUGCCGCUACCGUGAGAUUCACGGAUGCGAAAAGACCUUUACCACCUCUGGCCACGCUUCGCGCCAUUCCAAGAUCCACACAGCUGAAAAGGCGGUUCAUUGCCAAUUCCCGGGAUGCCACAAGAAGUUCACCCGAGCCGACAACAUGAAGCAACAUCUGGAAACCCACUUCAAGGACAAGUCGCGAAGCUCGUCGGGCACCCAGCGCUCUAGCAAAACCUCGUUGGCUGCCAAUGCGCGACGCAGCUCAACUUCAUCCAGCCGAAGCCGCUCUUCCACCACGGGGCCUGAUUCUUUUGUUUUCUGGGACUCGAGCGAGCUUCACCAGAAGCAGAGCCUCGUGCCGACGUCCCCGCUUACGCAGCCCGCCGGCAAUGCGGGCGACUGGGAUACCAGUGUGAGCACUUUUGAUCUCCCAUUGCUGAACCGUCCUUCCGCAGUUGGUCGCACCCCCAGUGGCCUCGACACGUUGGCCAUGGCCAUAGCGUGCCAGGAAGGUCGGAUGGCAUUGUGA